AUGUAUCAUCCAUAUUCAGGUACACCUAGAAGAGCUACUAGAGAUACAACUGUCAGCUUGGGUUCAUUGCAGCCAAUAGAAUCAUUGAAUCCCGACAAUCUUAAAGAGCUAUCAAAACAUGAUUUAACUGCAUAUCUUAGAGCUUAUAAUGUUCAACCAGGUGCAUCUAAACCAGAGAUGAAAAAACAGAUGAGAACAUUGAUACAUUCGAUAAAUAAUAAUACAGCGUUGCCAGCAAGUAUAAUGACACCACAACCGAAACCACAAGAUUUGGCUAGUCUUACAGGUUUCAAUCAGAUGCAGACAGUUGCAACAGGUCAGCCUACAUCGACAACACCAACACCUCUCACACCUCAGAUGAAUCCAAUGAUGCAUAUGAAUAUGAAUAUGAACAUGAAUAUGAAUAUGAACAUGAAUAUCAAUCAACAAGCGAUGCAGGUACCGGGUUCAAUGCAAUUCAUGCAGGGUGCACCUAUCAACCCGUAUAUGAUGACACCGGGAAUGUACUCGGCUCCACCACAGGUACCGGUGAUGCCAUACUUGACCACACCGGGCGGUUCGACACCGGCUUCGGCCACUCCACAAUCGAUUACUGCCGCACCGUCGCCAGCCAUGACACCGUCAAAGGCGACGUCACUGUCGCCACCAGGCUCGCCAAGAUCCAAGCAAGACAAGAAGGAACGUGGUGAUGGUACGACCGGUCCCGACGAGCAAGAUGUCUGCUCCGAGUGCACAAAGAAAGCAAACAAAGAGUGUAGCAACAGGCGUUGUCGUGGAUGUUGUCUUCGUCACAUGAUUGACACCAAGGAGUUGUGUCUGGUUCACAUCAAGGACGAGAGCAGACGUCCCCGUACCAAAGAGAAUCCACACGCCGAAACCAUACAAACGCUCAUCCAACAGGCACAAGCACAGUUUCCAAACUUUUCCAUCUCCACUUCGAACACCCCAACCGUUUCCACUCCGAAUUUAGCGGGCACACCAGGUUUGGCAGGCAUGCCCUCGGCCAGCAUGGAACCGCUUAGUCUCGGUGUAUCGCCAAUACUCUCUGGCGUAAAGACACCGACCAAGAUGAAUAUGCCAAUUGCUAUCCCACUCCACAACGUCGCAGUUCCAGUGGUACAACCGCAGCCCGCUGAGAUUCCAGCGGUAGCACCGGCCGAGCCACCCAAACAAGAAUACACCUCAACACACAAAGCACAAUCACAAUUCCAAUUGGCAUUCAUCAAUAUUCAAGCAAUGUACAUGCAACAGAUUGCCAGUCAUCGUUUGGCAUUGCCACGCGAAGACAAAUAUGCAUUCUUCUCGUGUUUCAAAUGCGACAAAGUCCUCUCAGUCAAUGGUUCCAGUCUGUGGAAACAUCUUCAAACCGAUCAUCCAAAUGAAUUGAUUCCAUUCCUCAAAGAAAUGAUUAAUUCAGAUAAUAAUAUAUUUAAUGAUAAUCAAGAUAUUUUUGUAUUAUCUAAAUCAAAAGCAAAAGAAAGAUUCGAUGAAAGUUCAGAAUGGUUGGAGGAAUUGUUAACACCGUCGGCAGCAAAUCAAAUCAAUGAUAGUGCACAUCACCAACAAAGAAUCAAAAAUCUAAAGGAUUUCCAAAGAAAACUACAAACAAUGAUGAAUCAUUUCGAAUCCUCACAAUCAAUCGAUAACAUCAAGAAUGAAUCAACCGUUUUCUACGAUUUCUAUGAUAAAUUAUCAAGAACAAAAACAUUGGAAGAAUUAGAAGAUAUAGGUAAACAAUUUGAAAAAUUAAAAGAUAUACAUUUGGUCGAACAUAAAUCUAUUUUGACAGAUCUAACACAACCACAGAGUAGCACAAUUCUUUCUACAGUCGCACCAUCAGAUGAACCAACCUAUAAAUUUAUUGAAAAUGACAAAUCAUUUACAAUCCAAAGUUUAUAA